CACGAUGACACUUACUGUUUUCUCAUGGUGACUAUCGUUACAAAACUACACAAAUAUGCGUGCUCUGAUAUACCUCCUUCCGCUGGUGGCUGUGGUUGUGCUCGGGGGGCGCAUAACGGUAGGCCAAGAUGAGGAACUCUGCUUCCAGAACAUCUCAGAUCUCUGCCCCGUACCCGACCCUGCAGCUCCAGUGUUCUUCCCUGACCCGACCAACUGCGCUAAGUUCUGCGAGUGUUCGAACGGCUUGGCCUACUCGCUGACUUGUUCUCCUGAAACGCUCUACGAUGUGACGGACGAAAUCUGCAAGACGGCGUCCGAAGUCGAUUGCGGUGACAGGCCGAUCAGCGUGGCUAGAGCUUCGUUUAAGAGGUUGUGGUAG